UAUCUGUGACGCGUAUAGGGAGAGGUAUUUGUGAAUAUGUGUGAAACUUGAAACGUCCUUGUCUCGUGUUUCUCCGUGGAGAGGGUCGUGCACGGCGCUCGGUGUCGCGCGCUUCACUGUAGUGGAGACUGGAGCGGAAUGUGGCGCUGAGAUGUAGCACGGCUGAAGGAGUACACACACACACACACACACACCAGCACAAGCACCAGCAUACAGCAAGGUUCACGUUAACGGAUUACGGUCGGAGAUCACACCGACGUUCAUCCGCACUCUCAGGUUUCCUCACGGUUUGCACAUAUGCUGUGAUGAGCCCUUGAGUUUUACUCUCUGCCCUGGGCAGCUGGCCUGGAGGAGCAGGAGCUUCGGGGACAGCAGUAGCAGACAGAACCAGAGAUACAGCAGAGCUGCCAUGGGCAGUGCAGCAGAUGGCAUUGGGGGUUUGGGUACAGAGCAGACCCACCUCAGUGUGCCUGUGGCAGACCCCAGUGCUUGGGCCACAGCCAUGAAUAACUUAGGCAUCGUGCCUUUGGGCCUAACUGGGCAGCAGUUGUUGUCAGAUUCCAUCUGUAUCCAAGGUUUUGACCCCAACUUGGGUAUUAUUGCACCCAUUAACCCCUUGAUGGCAGGGAUCAGUCUGGUGCCUCCUCCACCUGUGCAGCCUGAGCUACCUGUCAUCAAAGAGAUUAUCCACUGCAAGAGCUGUACACUUUUCCCCCAGAACCCAAAUCUUCCACCUCCAUCUACCAGAGAGCGUCCUCCAGGCUGUAAAACAGUGUUUGUUGGUGGACUCCCUGAGAAUGCAAGUGAAGAAGUUAUCCGAGAGGUGUUUGACCAGUGUGGUGAAAUUGUUGCUAUCCGCAAGAGCAAGAAAAACUUCUGCCACAUCCGCUUUAGUGAAGAGUUCAUGGUGGACAAGGCCAUUUAUCUUUCUGGCUACCGGAUGCGCAUUGGUUCCAGCACAGAUAAAAAGGAUUCGGGUCGCAUCCAUGUAGACUUUGCUCAGGCGAGGGAUGACUUGUAUGAGUGGGAGUGCAAACAGAGGUUACUGGCACGAGAAGAACGUCAUCGGCGCAAAAUCCACGAAGACCGCUUGCAACCUCCUUCUCCCCCCCCUAUCAUGCACUACUCAGAGCACGAGGCAGGCCUACUUGCCGAAAAACUGAAAGAUGACAGCAAGUUCAGUGAGGCCAUAGCAGUACUGUUCACAUGGAUAGAAAGGGGUGAGGUGAACCGGCGCACCUCCAAUCAGUUCUACUCCAUGAUCCAGUCAGCCAACAGCCACGUGCGGCGCCUGAUGAAUGAGAAGGCCCAGCAUGAGGAGCAGAUGGAGCAAGCCAAAGAGCUCUUCAAGAACUCACUGCUUACCAUCCUCACCCAAUUUGAGCAGAUUACGGCCGUAUUCAGCGCUGCCACCAGGCAAAAGGCAUGGGACCAUUUCUCAAAAGCACAGCGCAAGAACAUAGACAUUUGGCGAAAGCAGUGUAAGGAGCUGAGAAAUGCCCACAGUGAGGAGAUCAUGGGAAUCCGAAGGGAAGAGGAAAUGGAGAUGUCAGAUGAAGACUUGGAGGAAAACCCCUGUAAGAAGGUUCGAAUGGAUAACUCAGCUCUGGCUGUGCACUCGUAUGGCCUGCGAGAGGAGAAUGACAGUCUGCGCUGGCAGCUUGAUGCCUACAGGAAUGAGGUAGAGCUGUUGAAGAAGGAGCAGGGAAAGAUGCAGCACCCCGAAGAGGAGCACAAUCAUGAGCACCAGCUCAACUUCCUGCAGCAAACCAUGCACAGUAUGCAGCAGCAACUACUGAGGCUCCAGGAUGAGCUGAAGGGAAAGGAACUGGAGCUGGAGCAGGCACGAGACGAGCAGCGCUACCUAGAGGGGGAGAUCUUCAGCCUCAGGGAGAAGCUUUUGAACAGCACAGACUUGGUGGAAGGGACAAACCACACCAGUGACACCCCCAAAAAGGGAGUAAAUGGCACUGCAGCACUCUAUCACCAUCGAGAGAAGGGCAUUGAGGGGGUGACACGAGGUCCUCUAAGAUCUGAGAAGGAAGCUGUGUUACUUGGAGUCAUAUCAACCUUCCUCCAUGUCCACCCAUUUGGAGCCAACAUUGAAUAUCUUUGGUCUUACAUUCAAAGGCUUGAUGCAAAGAUCUCUGCCAGUGAUCUAGAGCGGCUGAUGGUGCGGCUACCGAACAUGUUCAAGCAGGAGUUUAGUGGUGUGGGCGCCACGUUGGAAAAACGCUGGAAGUUCUGUGGUUUUGAGGCCCUCAGCUCAACAUAACAAACAGAGAGACAGUUGCUGACACUGAGGUUAUGGGACCUGCGAGCGCUGGGCCUCGGUGACAGACAGAAUGAGACUGGCCAAAGCCUCAGAGAAACUCAGAACAGGGUUCUCCCUCACUGCUGUAGCCGUCACCCCUGCUGUUCUGGUUUAUAGACACUGAGGACGGCAAAAGUAAAAUGCACAGAAUCGGGAUAGAUGUGCUUACUUGAAGAAGCUCUACUCAGACAUCUGAUCCUGUUGCGUAAUUUUCUGUCAACAACGAGGAGAGAAAUCUAGGAAUACAGCACUGCUCAAUUAUAAAUGAAGAAUGUGGACUAUGGAUAUGUACUGUGACACACAAGUGUGCACCCAGCAGAUCCAGUGUCUGAGGCUAUUCACUGUACUGAGCAUUUAUUUCAGAGUUGUGCACCAGUUUGCCAAAAGCAUUACAGCUCACCUCAACGUUACGGAAAGUGUUCAGAGAAGUAAUUUUUCGUCCAGCUUGUCAUUGUGCAUUCUGUGCUACAGUUCUUUUUGGGAACUUCAGCCGUGGUAAAUACUACAGAAUAGUAGCCAUGCUGCAGUUAUUACUUACCCAUGAACAUUUCCACCCCAGAGUGAUGGAGAAUAUUUGACUGUUUAGGGUCUUUUGUUGUUGUGUGCAGAGUGUAUGUAAUGUGCAUUCUCCUCGCGUCACCAUCGUUAUCAACUCAUGCUAAUUAUGACUCUCAGAAACUCUAUUAAAACCCUUUUUAUUCAAACGCAAACAUUAUUACACAAGCCAAGAUGAAAGUUGUGUUACAUUUUCCGUGUUUAUUUUUUUACUAACAUUUCAUGCAGUACAAGUCAGUAGACUUGAUGUGAAGCAGAGGCUCCCUAAUCACUCUGAAUAAAAUACUCUGUUGUCUUAAUGGGAAAGAAGAAGAUAGUUUGCUGUCAUAAGAACAUUUUUAUAUUUCCUCCUCGAACUUUUUCAGAAAAUGGUUCUCGCAAUGAAAACAGGACUAAAGGAUGUCUAGGAAAAUACCCUGAGAAUAAGACUUGGCAAUAACUGAUUAUUAAUGGAAAUAGUGUUUAUCAUAAUAUAUUCAGCUGACGCAAGUAUGAUGACGGUUCAGAAUCGAUUCAGGUUCAUUUUUUAUUAAUUAAUAAAAUUAAUUCAGGUUAUUAUUAUUAUUAUUAUUAUUAUUAUUAUUAUUAUAGCACUUUUAAUAAUAGACAUCAUCAUCAGAAAGCAGCUUUACAGCGAUCCGGAUGUACAUAUAUAUUUAGAUCCCUAAUGAGCAAACCAGAGAUCAAACUUCCUGAGAUGGACAAGGAAGAAACAAUGAAAGGAACCAGUCACAAAAGAGAAUCCACCACCUCUGGGUGAAACCUGAUAUUGGGAUUACAAAGCAAAUCAAAUAGACACAGGAGAGAAUGACCUUUUGGGUCUGUUUAAACUCCUGUUCAUCAGUUCAAAUAUACAUUUAAAAAAAAAAGAAUGAAUCUGAGGUAGCAUCCCAUUUAUUUAUUUAUUUAUUUAUUUUGCUUUCUGAGUGCAACCACACACAAUAUAUUUAUUAGUUUGGAGGUGGGAUGCCCCCAAGUGCUAUUAUUUUGCAAGUUGCUGAUAUGGGAUAUGCGGUGGUCUAGAUCUGACAAGACGAGAUGAGCAGCUUUUAUUGUGACUCAGACAAUAUACAUAUACCAACUUAUUAGGAAUUUGGGUUCAGUGCACAGGGUCAACCAUGAUAUGAUCCCCCUGAAGUAGUUGAGGCUUAAGGGUCUUGCAGAAGGGCCCACUGUGGCAGUUUUUCAGUGAUGUGAAUUUAUGACCUUCUGAUGAUUAGCCCACAGUCUUAACCACUAAGCCAGCACUGCUCUCUACUGCCCUCAACGUUUAAAAAUCCAAUUCUUUUUUAAAUUUGUUUAUCAGGAAUUAGAUCUGAGGCUAUUUUUUGUAAACCAAGGUAAAUCAUGUCAGAACUUUUCCCACCCUCAAUGUGAAAGUACAGUGUUCACAGUGUGCACACCCUUUU